CCAGGUUGAACUUGCCAGGACAACCGCCGCCAGAGCUGCCGCCACAGCAUGGGGGCAACUUUGCCGCGCGAUUCUUCUCGGAAUCACAGUUAAUCCAAAUUAAGAAGAGGCCGACGCCAAAGCACGUAACCCAGCCAGUCCAAGACAGUGUCAACACUCAGGACUAUAAAUCUCGGCUCGUCGCUUUCUCACGCGUUACCGCGUCCUUCACGUUGAGACCCUCGACGUUCCCCUCACCUCUAUAUUUCUGUCUCAUCGACAAGAGCAUUACUUAGCGUAUAUCAUGCAGAAUGACAGCUCGUCAGGAUUCCGACAAUCUAGCAUGGGAUCGGAGUGAUGAGCGUUUCGAAGAGGCGAUAAAGCAAGUCCGCUUGUCUUCCACAUGUCGCAAAAUUGAAUCUUUUGCCAAGAGGAUAUUCGCAGAGCCCGCAACCUUGGUCACCCCCUUAAUCGUUGGCGGCUUCAAUGUGCUGUAUCCCAUUCGAAUUAUAAGUUCCUCCACUGAUGUUCUCGUUCGCUUACCCUGCCCUGACUCGGCCGUGUUUCCCGAAGAGAAAACACUCGGAGAAGCCGCGACGGCAGCAUACAUCAGCCAAUAUACUCAACUCCCGGUUCCAAAAAUCUUUUACCAUGGUAUUGAUUCGGAUAUCGGACCAUUUAUGAUUAUCCAAGACAUCGGUUCCCGACGAGCCAUGGGCCAGGCUCUGGAAGCUCCCCGCGACCCUAACGAUACACCAGUUUUGCAUUCCGAAAUCUCCGAAGACAAGCUUAAGAGCCUGUACGGAAAGAUGGCACGGUGUGUGCUAGAGCUCGCACAACCUGUUUUCCCGCGCAUUGGAGCUCUCGUUGAGAUAGGCCCAGGAACCUACGGUGUAAAGGGACGACCUAUCACUCUUAACAUGAGCAAUAUGGUUCAACUUUCGAACAUCCCCAAAUCAGUCUUUCCACCCGAAGGGACCACAUACCAAACCGCUGAUGAGUGGUACGUGGUCUUGGCCGAAAUGCAAAUGGCAACACUUCUUUUCCAGCAUAAUGACAUGGUGUCCUCGGAAGACGACUGUAGGACCAAGUACGUUGCUCGCCAACUUUUCCGUAGGUUGGCUAAACAAGGCCGGCUAUCGAGUUUUGGGUUUAUUGAAGAUGACUGGUCCGCCCGUUCUAGGCACACCCGUGCAACGCUGCCAGCGCCGGACGGUCUCGGCUCUUUCCGCCUCUGGUGUGACGAUUUCAGGCCAGUCAAUGUUCUUGUUGAUGAUAAUGACCAGGUUCUUGGGGCUAUCGAUUGGGAGUUUGCUUAUGUUGGGCCAACUCAAUUUGUCAUAGACUCACCCUGGUGGCUCCUACUUGACGUUCCUGAGAUGUGGGAUGAUGGUAUCGAGGAUUGGACAAGUGUCUACGUAAUACGGUUGAAGACUUGGCUUUCGGCAAUGAAAGAGGUAGAAAAAGAGGCGAGUCCUGGUUCCUUGCUUCUCUCAGCGUACAUGCGAGAAAGCUGGGAGACAGGCCGUUUCUGGCUUAAUUAUGCCGCCAGAAGAAGCUGGGCGUUUGAUACCAUCUAUUGGAAAUAUCUGGACGAAAAGUUCUUUGGUGAACGAGAAGGAGAUAUUCCGAUGGAGGAACUAUGGAAGACGAGGGUACAUCUUCUAAGUAAAGAGGAACGUGCGGCGAUGGAGCCGCUUGUACAAAUAAAGAUGGAGGAAUCGAAGGAACGCAUUUUAGUGGAAUGGGAUGCCACGGAUGCAAAUGAGCGUCUAUCUUCCUUUUUAUUUGAUUAAUCAAGCUCUCAUCCGUACAAGUUUAAGAUGAAGCGGGUUCUGCAUAUUGGCAUUGUAGUAACCACUAUUAGAAGUAGGAUGCUAUAGAUUCAGAUUACUUG